UUAAGACGAGACAGUACAGUGACAGGGACAGUCCUGAUGAUGUAUGACCACAUUUUCUUCCUUUCCCCCAAUGCUGACAUUUUGUUCACUUUAGCUACACAGCUUAGAAACAAUAGAACGUAGCAGUUUAUAGGGAAACAAAGAACAUCAACGCAAAUUAUCAAGAUUCCAUGGUAAAAAUGUUCAAUGAAAUACACAAAUAUCUACUUUUGGUGUGCCUGACCGGUUUAUGCACUAAUCUUCACAUAGGGGACGCAUUCAAAUAUCACGAAUUCUGUAGUGCACCGCCUCUAGAUAUGAAAACAAGAUUUCCGCUAUAUCGCUUGGACGUAGAUACCAAGACAGAAGGUGUACCCUGGGCUUAUCGACAGAACAGUACAUUAACUGUUUCAGUGAAAGCCUUAUAUCAGAAGUAUAAAAUAAAGCAGAUUUUUAUGUCGGUGCCAUCUAUGACAAAAGGAACACCUGAGAUUCCAGCCAAAAAAAUACAUCUCGGUGAAUGGAAGUGGGACAUGAAGGGUGGAGUCAUUCCUAUUGAUUGUUCUAAUACUGCCAGUGGAUUUGGUGGUGCUGCCAAUGCUGUUCGAAAUUUAUGGUGGUACAAAGAUGGUUUUUACAAUAUAACUGGAGAGUGGGAUCCUGUCAAUACAAUUUAUAAUGCCUACAACAUUGACAUGAUUCAAUUUGAAGUGUAUGUCUCACCAGACGAGGAAGAUACAAGCUCACAACUAGCAGUGGGUGCUGCAGGCCCAUCUCCGCAGGCAAUAAGAUGGGUUAAACUUGUUUCGGAUAAAUUCAUUAACUUAGAUUACAUCGAUUUACACAGAUAUCUUAGACUUCAUCCACAUGCCCAGUGGGUACUAAGCGGUAUUGGAGGAAGCUGAAAGCAUUGGUUUGGAAAUAUGAUAGUCAAAGGGCUGAGAUCUGUUUAUGGACCUUACAACCCACAUCUGUACAAUAGAAUUACGGAUACAGAAGUUUAGUUGAACUCUCACAAAGAGAUGAAAUUGGUUCAGGGUGAAUCUGUCUUACAUACAAUCUUGUAUAUCUUGAGCUUUUAAUUAUUUUCUAAUGUAAAUUCCGUUUCAUUUAUUUCUUUAUUUGGUUUAUUUAAAAUUAAGACAUGUGACAGUAAUAUUUAAUAAAAUAAAUUUCAAGUCUUA